AAGCCGGGUGCCCCAGGGAGCCUGGCUACCAUGCCAUCUCCUCUCCCUGUCUCCUUCCUCCUCUUUCUUACCUUAGUAGGAGGCAGGCCCCAGAAGUCCUUACUGGUGGAGGUAGAAGAGGGAGGCAAUGUUGUGCUGCCAUGCCUCCUGGACUCCUCACCUGUCUCUUCUGAGAAGCUGGCUUGGUAUCGAGGUAACCAGUCAACACCCUUCCUGGAGCUGAGCCCCGGGUCCCCUGGCCUGGGAUUGCACGUGGGGUCCCUGGGCAUCUUGCUAGUGAUUGUCAAUGUCUCAGACCAUAUGGGGGGCUUCUACCUGUGCCAGAAGAGGCCCCCUUUCAAGGACAUCUGGCAGCCUGCCUGGACAGUGAACGUGGAGGAUAGUGGGGAGAUGUUCCGGUGGAAUGCUUCAGACGUCAGGGACCUGGACUGUGACCUAAGGAACAGGUCCUCUGGGAGCCACAGGUCCACUUCUGGUUCCCAGCUGUAUGUGUGGGCUAAAGACCAUCCUAAGGUCUGGGGAACAAAGCCUGUAUGUGCCCCUCGGGGGAGCAGUUUGAAUCAGAGUCUAAUCAACCAAGAUCUCACUGUGGCACCCGGCUCCACACUUUGGCUGUCCUGUGGGGUACCCCCUGUCCCAGUGGCCAAAGGCUCCAUCUCCUGGACCCAUGUGCAUCCUAAGAGACCUAAUGUUUCAUUACUGAGCCUAAGCCUUGGGGGAGAGCACCCAGUCAGAGAGAUGUGGGUUUGGGGGUCUCUUCUGCUUCUGCCCCAAGCCACAGCUUUAGAUGAAGGUACCUAUUAUUGUCUCCGAGGAAACCUGACCAUCGAGAGGCACGUGAAGGUCAUUGCAAGGUCAGUGUGGCUCUGGCUGUUGAGAACUGGUGGAUGGAUAGUCCCAGUGGUGACUUUAGUAUAUGUCAUCUUCUGUAUGGUUUCUCUGGUGGCUUUUCUCUAUUGUCAAAGAGCCUUUAUCCUGAGAAGGAAAAGGAAGCGAAUGACUGACCCCGCCAGGAGAUUCUUCAAAGUGACGCCUCCCUCGGGAAACGGGACCCAGAACCAGUACGGGAAUGUGCUCUCCCUUCCUACAUCCACCUCUGGCCAGGCCCGUGCUCAGCGUUGGGCUGCUGGCUUAGGGAGUGUCCCUGGGUCCUAUGGAAAUCCACGCAUUGAAAUCCAGGAUACUGGAGCUCAGAGCCAUGAAACAGGACUGGAAGAAGAAGGGGAGGCCUAUGAAGAGCCAGACAGCGAAGAGGGCUCUGAAUUCUAUGAGAAUGACUCCAACCUUGGGCAGGACCAGGUUUCCCAGGAUGGGAGUGGCUAUGAGAACCCCGAGGAUGAGCCCAUGGGUCCAGAGGAAGACUCCUUCUCCAAUGCUGAGUCUUAUGAAAAUGCAGAUGAGGAGCUGGCCCAACCAGUUGGCAGGAUGAUGGACUUCCUGAGCCCCCACGGGUCUGCGUGGGACCCCAGCCGGGAAGCAUCCUCGCUUGGGUCCCAGUCCUAUGAAGAUAUGAGAGGGAUCCUGUAUGCAGCUCCUCAGCUCCACUCAAUUGGGUCUGGUCCCAAUCAUGAGGAAGAUGCAGACUCUUAUGAAAACAUGGAUAAGUCUGACGACCUUGAACCAACAUGGGAAGGAGAGGGCCACAUGGGGACUUGGGGAACCACGUGACUCCCAAGUGACUGGCCUGGACUUUGUUAGGUCCCAAGAACCACGUCUGAUUCUGAAAUCUGGAGAUCCCAGAUGGUGUCAGUCAGUGAAAUGACCUUGAUCAGGAUGUGUGCAUGCUGACACACACAACACACACUCAUGCAUAUUCGAGCAAAGCUUCCUUUUGACCCUUUGCUUUCCCCCAAAUAAACCCAAUUAGCCACUCAAAUUCUCUGAAGCAGGCCCUUGUGUGGGAUAGGAAGGGAAGAUGGGGUUGAAUCCAGCCCUGAGUCACCCAGAGGAAGGAGAGCUGAGGUCUGAAUACAUCCUGGCCUUAACCUUCCCAUGGCCUGGCAUUUAGCCACCUAACAUCCAGUGAUGCAAAUAUGUCCAGCCACUCUAUUCCAUGGUGUCCCACAAGGGAGAGACAGUGAUGGGACUAGCAGUCUGUUUGGUUGUAACCCAUCCCUGCUCACCCUGCACAAACUGGGAAACACUGUCUGCCUUUCUUUUAAUCCUUCCUGCUCCAGGCUAACAACAGGUCAGUACCCUCACCUUCCAGUUUCCGGCAACACCACCUGAGUGCCUGCUCAGGGGGUUCAGCUUCUGACCAUAUGUAGACACCAUCCCAGCUCUGAGUUUACACGUCAUCACCCCUUGCCUAAGACCUGAAACCUCCCGUUACCUUAGCCCAGGUGUGCCAUUUCCCUGCUCCCUCCUGCAUCCUUGGGACCUGUGAACCUACUCACGUGCUGCUCUCAAUAAAUCUAUCUGCCUUUAUACUUUUUAA